UUCACUGGGGAGGGGUUUGCAUUACGUGACAGAUGGAAAAGUCUAGGACACAAGCAGGGGUCUGUCUACUCCCCACCCCCUUUGCCCCAUCCUGUUUACCUGCUUGAAGAAUUUCAAAGGAGCUCUGUGUGUGCUCAUGUGACGAAGGGUUGGGGGAAGAAGAAAAGGGGGACUGCUUCUGCUGCACCUUCAUUUUAAGAGUGGCCAAACAGACUUACAAGAAGACUGAAAACCAGGACCUUCCUAGCUGAGAAAAAAGGCUUUUCCAUCAGUAGGUACAUUGACGUAAAGACAUGGCUUUUGAACUGUGGUUUGCUCUUUCCCUGUGCCUUGUGUUGGGAACCUCUGAAGCUGGAAAGCAAAUGCCUAAACUCUCUGACAAGAAACUCUGUGCUGACUCCGAGUGCAGCUAUCCUAUCUUGAUAGCUCGUGCACUGCAGGACUACUACCCUGGAGACUGCAGGUUCAUCCCCAUCAGGCAGGGGCAGCUUGUCUAUGUUUAUGCAAUGCUAAAAGACAGAGGGAAUCUCUUCUGGGCUGGCAGCGUACAAGACGCCUAUUAUGGACAACAGGAAGCUCGCAUUGGCCACUUCCCCAGUAGCAUAGUGGAGGAGACACAUGCUCUCAUGCCAGCCACAACUGAAGUCAAAACUACUAAAUGGGACUUCUACUGUUACUGAUAAUACACUUCCCAAGAAACUUAACUUGAUAUGAUGCACACUGCUGACAGCUUAUUUUUAUGCAUCUAAUAACAUGAGCGCCAAUAGAAGUAUGCAUAAACUCUGCACAGCAAUGAGUGCAUGUAUUAUUAUGAAAACGUAUUAUUAUAAUUUCAUGUCUCCAUUGAUGGUCUUGCUGUCUUUUGAUGACUUAGACAUCAGCAGCAGUUCUGCAGCCUUGCUUUGUUGACAGAUGAACGAUGUACAUUGUCUGUAAUAGUCCUGUUUAUCUGAGGUUUUGCAGAUAAUAAUAAAAGUUGUCCAUCGUGCACUUAUAAAUGAAGGAAACACGACUUGUGCCCUCCUUUUCUCUGCUAAAGCUAUUCCUUUUUCGUGAGCAUUGUGUGUCUUAUCAACAGGCAAUGUCAGAUUGUAAAAACUGUUUUAAAAGCAGCAAUGAAGUAAGAAAUUUCAAUUUAUUAGAGGGGACUUUUGCAUUGUUUAAUAAAUAAAGCGUGCCGCAAAGCAUUUAUCUGGUGCUUUUUGAGACCAGGCUAAACCUUCAUUCCUGAAAGCUCCAGUUCCCCAAUAUUAAUAAAGUGUCUGAAAAAAAAUAUCAGCAGCUCUACAUUCACUGUACAUAACCACCCACACCUUUUGCUGCAUUGUUGCAUUGCACAGGUUCAACUAGUUAC